CAGAUGAAAGUUCAUAUCAGUAGAGAUAAAGUUUAGUCCAGUUUUUUACUUGAUGUUUAAGUCCUGUGUGAAUAUGCUGUGAUCUCUUUGCUAUUUCGUUUUUUGGUCUGAUAAAAGAAGCAAGAAAAUGAAUAAGUCACUAGCUGUCUUGAUCUUAGCUGUCCUGCUCUUUAAAGGUGUGGACAACGUCAGCCUAACGGAUGAGGACUAUGAAAUGACAGACAAACUCUUCACGCUGGGAGCUGAAGCGUUUUUGAAAUACUUGGACAAUUUAAAAGGGGCAGCAGAAGAGGUUGUGGAAACAAAUAAGAUAAAAAAAACAGGUACUGAUUUGCAAGACUUGUGGAUUUCUGUGAAGGAGAUGAUCAAGAAUAUCAGUGCUGAGGAAGAAGCUAAAGGACGUGAUCAUUUCCUUGUAGCACUGAAGAUUUUUCACAGGCUGGGUACACUUUACCAAGAUGGUAUGUUUCAGCUCUUAGGGACAUUCCCCAGCAACAGCUGGAUUGACCGAGAAUUAGGCAUGUUCAAAGGGAUCUUCAAAAAGGAGAAAGUGGUGGAACUCUGGAAAUAUGUGGAAUCAAACUACCUUCCAGGAGCUCCACCAAUCUACAGCGAUCCCUUGGGGCUCCUCGUUUACCUUCUGUCUAAGUUGGGGGCACAGCCACAAGUGGCUAAGAUCCUAAAAGUUGCUAUGGAAGUUGGGGAGACAGACAUCAAUCAACUUUUUUGAAGAAGUGGAAAUGGCUGUGCAACUUGUCAGAGAGAAGGCCGUGGAAAUUUCUACCUUAGAAAGGCAGACUGAGAAGGAUGAGUUUCUAAUAACAUUGAGAACUGCAUCUGGAGUUCUUGCAUUUUACUGGGAUAAACUAUUGGAAUACACUGAGAGCCAGCCAUUCCAUAACAAGUAUUUAGCUGCUGUACGGAGGUGGAAGGAGAUGAGUGUGUUGAAAGAUACUGAAAAAUAUCACGUGAUUUAUAGCCC